GAACCGGAACAGUCAGUGAAAACAUUUCAUUUUACUGCAUGUCUGAGGCACUCAUCAUGGACACGGACGCGUCUCUCCUCCUCGGUGUUGAACACGAGCAGAAACAACAAGAAGAGCUUUACCAACAACUUCUGCUUCAGACCAUGGGCAAAUUGCAGAGCGACAGUCCCCCUUCCAAAGUCAUCCGUCCACAGCCUGGUCUGUGCGUGAAGACCUCCUCAGUGUCAGACAAAAAGAAGGUCUUUCUAAACAUCUGCCAGUCACAGACGGUACCGCCACCUCCUCACUUGUCCCAGGAAGCACUGGUGGAACUACUGGAGUCAGAGGACCCGACGAGUUACAGAGUGCCCAUGAGCCUCGGCGAACCACACACAGAAGUUGACAACAGCUCACAAGGCUGUACUGUGUAUGAUGUGGUGAUCAAUGAUGAAUUCUUUCAGAAAUGUGAGAAAGAUACCCUCUUCCAGCAGUUUCUUAUUGCGGUUUCGUUGGAAGGCUUGGAAAACAAAUACAGCCUGGAGUUAAGCAGAGAUAUAAAAAUUUUGAAGAACAGGAAGUUCAUGGGAUCCAUAGCAGAACAAAACAUUCGUACCAAGAGCAAGCCAAUUAUCCAGGAAAUUGACUCAAAGGAAUCUCUCACACUGCCUUCAGCGGCUAAAUGUCCAGAGUUCACUUUACUGGUGGAGCCACCAAGUGGAAAAGCAGAGCACCUGAUCGCUGAGAUCCUUCUUCCUGGAGUGUCAUCUGCUCGAUCUGUUGUUCUGGAUUUGGGAGAAGACAGACUAGUGCUGAUUGCCCGACCAUCUCUUUUCCACUUGGAUAUUUUCUUUCCCGUGCUUAUUGACCAAGAAAACAGUGUUGCCCAAUACAACACAAACACACAGACGCUUACGGUGACCAUGCCAGUCGUGUCUUUGUGAAAACUACCGGAAGUCUAUGAUUUCACAAAAAACUGUUAUUCUUUUAUUCACUUGUUUACAGUGUAAUCAACAACAACUACAGUAUAAAACAUACUUUUUUUUACAUGUGUGAAAUUGGUUUCCGUUUUUGUGCCCUACAGAACACUAUUGAUGGAAUUAUUAGACAACAUCGCUCAUUAAACCAUUAUGUCAAAGUUUAUGUUUGAUUAAUUUCUAGAAAUCCAUUCUGUGCUCUGGCCAUAGAUAACACUGUCUUUGCCAGUUACCACUAGUUGCCACAUUGUCCUAGCCAAAUGCACGCAUACACACAUGCAAAAGGUUUGUAAAAUAAAAAAAGGAAUGUGAAUAAAACCACAUUCGGGGAAAUAAAAAAAAUAAUGAAAUUUAAA